GAGUUUUCCUUUACUCAUCGUUGCUCCGCCCGUGCCUGCCCGUCACGCACGCCCUGCACCUCUUCUCCUUCCUUCCGGAACAAGUGUGUGCACAAACGGAGAAGACGAAACAUGUCGUGCGAACUGAUUAACCGAGCACACUUAGCGGGCGUCUCCACCUCUCACGCCGUGUGGAGGCACUUCGCCGCCACUCUUGAUGUCUCCCACCAACAACAACCGCCUCAGCAUUUCGUCGAUGAGGUCUUGGACGCCAGUAUACGAAACCCGUGCGUCUUGUCUGCUCCAAGGGACCCGAAACACACGCGCGAGGUGGUUGCCUGGCUGGCCGAGCAGUGGAGGCUGCGUAGGUGGACAGUUCCUUCAGAGUUCCAGCUGGAUUCUUUCCCUGACGUCGAUGACACCGUCGAUCUGUUUUACAAGACGUACACAGGUUGGGGCGGCGGGCCAUUGGGUCCAGGGAUCACACUGAUGGAAAGUAGCGGCGGCAUUACUCGCAGCACCACGGGACUGACCACUUGGUGUGGAGCUGCUGUGUUAGCUGAAUGGGUUGCUAACAACCCUACUGUUGUGGCAGGCAAGAGAGUAUUGGAGCUAGGGGCCGGAGUAGGCUUCUCCGCUUCAGCCAUUCUCACUUCUCCAGACACUGAACACCUUCCGCCCUCUUCUUACUUCGCCACCGACUGUCACCACCAAGUACUGACUCUCUUGCACCAUAACCUGACGCUCAACCUGGCUGAUCCGCCACUCCAGAGGGCUUGUUUAGAAGAGUUUCGAGCUAGAGUGUCCCACCAACUGGAGGAGGAACGUCUGGUAACACCGGAGGAAAAGUGUGAAGAACCAUUACCAUGGUCUCCUCCUGCUGCCGCUACUACCGAUCCAACACAUGCUACUCUGGCCGUGGUGCGGGAGGAAGAAGAUGGACAAGGCUGCGUUGGAGUGAUGCAAGUGGACUGGCGGCACCCUCCUCGCUUACCCCCAGUGGAUGUUGUCUUGGCAGCUGACGUGGUGUAUUGCCGCAACCUCAUUCAACCACUUGUCUCCCUCCUCAGAUCGAUCUUGGAAGGGAGUGACGGACAGAAGGAGCAAAGACAACCGCAGCAAGAGGCACAGAGAGACAGUGGGGAAAAAGGAUGCAAUAGUGAAGAGGAGAUGAGAGCAACCGAUGGCGGAGGACUAAGGAAGCAAGAGGCAUUUCUAGCGUGCACCCGCCGGAGCCACGAAACGCUGAGCCUCUUCUUACAGGAAGUGACACGGCAGGGACUUCAAUAUACCCUGGUGUUUCAAGCCUCAAUGGAUGCCGACACCGCUCUCUUCGUCUACAAUGAGAUACAUCUACCAGUUAAAGUAUAUAAGAUCACUCUGCCACGGGAAGACACACGAGAACACUGAGGAAUCUGAAGAAUAGUUGUAUAAAAUUAUUGCAAAGUCGCA